AGCACCUCCAUUUUUAUGCCGCAGACCCACUACUAUUCUUCUACUCGUCUACUCAUUAACUAAAAAGCUAAACAACAGCUGCUGCUAAUCUACAUUUGUUGUCCCUAAGCCAAAGCAACAACACCCAAUAAACCAAUCCAGCUGUUUUCUUAUUUCUCUCUUUGUGAAGAAAGAAUAAAGUGUGCGCAGAGAGAAAGCAAAAAUAAAGAGAGAGAAAGCCGAAGCAAAGAAAGGCCAUUGUUUUGAAAGUUGUCAUCUCUUCUUCUUCUCAUGCUCAUUGCUCGAUGGCUUUGAAGAAGACAUCAAUGUGCAAUAGCAGUAAUGCGUUGCUGGUUUUAUUGUUUUUGGUGAGCUCUUUGGCCUGUUCUGUCACUGCCUCUGUGUCUUAUGACUCUAAGGCCAUCACCAUUAAUGGCCAAAGAAGGAUUCUUAUUUCUGGAUCCAUUCACUACCCAAGAAGUUCCCCUGAGAUGUGGCCAGAUCUUAUUCAGAAGGCAAAAGAAGGAGGACUGGAUGUUAUUCAGACAUAUGUUUUUUGGAAUGGGCACGAACCUUCACCAGGAAAGUAUUAUUUUGAGGGGAACUAUGAUCUGGUCAAGUUUGUUAAGCUGGCGAAGGAAGCAGGCCUUUAUGUUCAUCUCAGGAUUGGACCUUAUAUCUGUGCUGAGUGGAACUUUGGGGGUUUCCCAGUUUGGCUCAAGUACAUUCCAGGCAUCAAUUUCAGAACAGACAAUGGCCCUUUCAAGGCUCAAAUGCAAAAGUUCACAACAAAGAUUGUUAACAUGAUGAAAGCAGAAAGGUUAUUUGAGACUCAAGGUGGUCCAAUAAUUCUCUCCCAGAUUGAGAAUGAAUAUGGACCCAUGGAGUAUGAAAUUGGUUCACCUGGUAAAGCUUACACCAAAUGGGCUGCAGAAAUGGCUGUAGGUCUCCGUACUGGUGUUCCAUGGGUCAUGUGCAAGCAAGAUGAUGCCCCAGAUCCUAUUAUCAACACCUGCAAUGGUUUCUACUGUGAUUACUUCUCUCCAAACAAAGCUUACAAACCAAAGAUGUGGACUGAAGCUUGGACUGGCUGGUUUACCCAAUUUGGUGGCCCAGUUCCUCACCGACCGGCUGAAGACAUGGCAUUUUCGGUUGCAAGGUUCAUACAGAAGGGGGGGUCAUUCAUAAACUAUUAUAUGUAUCAUGGAGGGACAAAUUUUGGCCGAACUGCUGGUGGUCCUUUCAUUGCAACAAGUUAUGAUUACGAUGCUCCUCUUGAUGAAUAUGGACUGUUAAGGCAGCCUAAAUGGGGCCAUUUGAAAGAUUUGCAUCGGGCAAUUAAGCUGUGUGAACCCGCUUUAGUAUCUGGAGAUGCAACUGUGAUACCACUUGGAAAUUACCAAGAGGCUCAUGUAUUCAAUUAUAAGGCCGGAGGUUGUGCAGCAUUCCUUGCAAAUUACCAUCAGAGAUCAUUUGCAAAGGUUUCAUUUAGGAAUAUGCAUUAUAACCUGCCUCCAUGGUCCAUCAGCAUUCUUCCAGAUUGCAAGAACACUGUUUACAACACUGCAAGGGUUGGAGCUCAAAGUGCAAGGAUGAAGAUGACCCCUGUUCCUAUGCAUGGAGGGUUCUCUUGGCAAGCAUAUAAUGAAGAGCCGUCUGCAAGUGGUGAUAGCACAUUCACUAUGGUUGGGUUGCUGGAGCAAAUAAAUACAACUAGAGAUGUUUCAGACUAUUUGUGGUACAUGACAGACGUUCAUAUCGACCCCAGCGAAGGCUUUCUGAGGAGUGGAAAAUAUCCUGUUCUUGGUGUUCUAUCAGCUGGGCACGCUUUACAUGUUUUCAUCAAUGGUCAACUAUCAGGGACCGCCUAUGGAAGUUUAGACUUCCCAAAGUUGACAUUUACUCAAGGUGUAAAGUUGAGAGCUGGUGUCAACAAAAUUUCUCUUCUCAGCAUUGCUGUUGGUCUCCCGAAUGUUGGCCCACACUUUGAGACAUGGAAUGCUGGUAUUCUUGGACCUGUGACGUUGAAUGGUCUCAAUGAGGGAAGAAGGGACUUGUCCUGGCAGAAGUGGUCUUACAAGAUUGGUCUUCAUGGGGAAGCAUUGGGUCUCCAUUCAAUCAGUGGGAGUUCCUCGGUGGAGUGGGCAGAGGGGUCUUUGGUGGCCCAAAGACAGCCACUGUCAUGGUAUAAAACUACUUUCAACGCUCCUGCUGGGAAUUCCCCUUUGGCAUUGGAUAUGGGCAGCAUGGGAAAAGGCCAAAUAUGGAUAAAUGGACAACAUGUUGGACGUCACUGGCCUGCUUAUAAAGCAUCUGGAACAUGUGGGGACUGUAGUUAUAUUGGAACUUAUAAUGAAAAGAAAUGCUCAACUAAUUGUGGCGAGGCUUCCCAGAGAUGGUAUCAUGUCCCUCAGUCAUGGCUAAAGCCAACAGGGAACUUGCUGGUUGUGUUUGAAGAAUGGGGUGGAGAUCCAAAUGGGAUUUCUUUGGUUAGAAGAGAUGUAGACAGCGUGUGUGCUGAUAUUUAUGAGUGGCAGCCAACUUUGAUGAAUUAUCAGAUGCAAGCAUCUGGUAAAGUCAAUAAGCCAUUGAGGCCUAAAGCUCAUCUGUCAUGUGGCCCUGGACAGAAAAUCAGAUCAAUCAAGUUUGCCAGCUUUGGGACACCAGAAGGGGUUUGUGGUAGCUAUCGCCAGGGAAGCUGUCAUGCCUUCCACUCUUAUGAUGCUUUUAACAAUCUUUGUGUUGGGCAGAAUUCAUGCUCGGUGACUGUAGCACCUGAAAUGUUUGGGGGAGAUCCUUGCCUGAAUGUCAUGAAGAAACUAGCAGUAGAGGCCAUUUGCAGCUGAUGAGCUACAACGGCUGAAGUAAAUGAAAUAAAGAAGAUUCUGGAUUGAUUUUCUCACCCUCCAAUACAGCAUCUUCGGUAUACUAUUUUAUGGUUAAAUUAAAAGCUUCACAACCAAGAGCACUACAAACAUUUGUUCUGGCUUUUCCAGGGUGAAGUUGUACAAAUAUACAGCACACCAUCUGGUCGAUAGCCAUAUAGAUUGUGCAAAUGAUUGCAGAUAAGCUUUUUUAUAUAGGCGGAAGCCAGUGUUUAUUGUUGGUGCCCUGUAUGUAUAUGCAGCAAACAAGUGAAGGAGUGGGUUCGGUAGAAGCACAUUGAGAUGAAAAACUAAACGAGUCCAUGUGCAAAUUUGGUAGUUUUUAGAGUAUGGAAAGCCUCUGGUUUCCUGUGAUCUUAUAUUUUUUAUUCAAUGUAAACUUCCUGGGAACCACUUCCUUUGUUGCUUUGUUCUUGUAAGAAAGUUUCUAAGUUACAGAAAGAUACCAAACUUCUCAAAUUA